AAAUAUCUCAGCUUCAUAUUAAAGACAAAUCAUUCAACCCUCAAGUCUAAAUCAAUGGCUGCCCUGAAAUCUGUUCUUUCCCUAGUGCUCUUGGCUAUCCUUAUAACUGUUGUGCUGCAAAGCCAAGUCAUUGAGUCUCAGGGGACAACAUGCUCAGCAUCACUUGGGAACCUGAGCGUGUGCGCGCCAUUUGUAUUGCCAGGAACGUCGAAUCCAAGCCCUAGCACAGACUGUUGUGCUGCCCUACAAUCGCUUGAUCAUGAUUGCAUUUGCAACACUCUUCGUGUCGCUGCUCGCCUUCCAUCUCAGUGCAACCUUUCUCCCAUCUCUUGUGCUGCAAACUGAUUGGAGGUGAAAGCCUGGCACGCUAGCAGCUGCCAUCCAAUGGAAAAGUAAUAAUGUCGGAGUUUUACAAGCAAUAAUUUGAGUUUGCCCCUUGUUAAUGUUGUAGUUUAUUUCAUGUUUGCCUUGCGCUAUAGGGAGAUGUCCUUAGUCCUUUGAUUUCAACUGCUCAUGUAAUAUGUUGUAAGGUCAGAGAAGAAGUUGCAAUGUCCUGGAAAUCAAUAAACAAACAUGUUCUUAUUGCACUCCAA